AUGUAUGGAAUAAUUUUUUUGUCUUACCUUGGUUUGAUAUCUGGAUUUUUGUUUUUAACAGUAUGCAUUGCAUGUGGACUUUAUUAUCUAUCAGAGUUUAUUGAAGAAUAUACAGAAUUUUCUAAAAAAUUACUAAGAAAAAUGAUUUAUUUUGUUAUUUUCUUACAUUUAGUUAUUCUAAUUCUUGACAAAUUUCCUUUUUUUUUAAUUAUGUUUUCAAUCUUGUCACAUAUAUUAUAUUUAUCAAAUCUUCGGUCAUUUCCUUGUAUUUCAGUUUAUUCCUUACAAUUCAUUAUUGGUUCAGUUUUUACAGUUUUAAAUCAUUUAUUCUGGAUAUGGCAUUUUAGAUUAUAUUUCAGCUCAUUAUUGACAAAUUCUUUUACAUAUUCAAAGAAAAAAAACUAUGAGGGAUUUACUUUUAAUCAGAUUGCUUCUUUUUUUGCUAUUUGUGUCUGGCUUAUACCUUUUUCACUUUUUAUUUCCCUACCAGCGGGAGAUAAUGUUCUUCCUAUUUCAUUAAACGGUUUUUUUCAUGAUAAAGCUUAG